UCUGCUGAACGACUUUGAGCAACUGGGCGGCGGACAGGAAGUGAUGUCAUUGUUCAGGAAGCUGCGCUGCAUCCUGGGAGAUCGGACGGACCUGCUGCGAGACUUCGCCGCCUUCCUGCACCCGGAGCAGGCGCUGCAGUGUGGACUGUUUGAGGAGCAGCAGGCGUUCGAGCGUAGCCGGCGGUUCCUGCGCCAGCUGGAGAUCAGUUUUGGAGAUAAUCCUGCUCAUUAUCAGAAGAUCAUCAAAACUCUGCAGACCGGUCCGGACCUGAGUCCAAACAGCAUCACAGAGCUGAAGGCUCAGAUGUCGGCGCUGCUGAAAGGCCACACCCACCUUCAGACUGAAUUCUGGGUGUUUUUCGACGAGCUCCGCCCCCCUCCGGCCCGCCCAGGACAGUUUGAAGAAGCUCAUUGGCCGGAGGACGGAGGGGGCGGAUCGGAUGGCGGGGAGGGCGGUGGCCUUGUGUUGGGGGGCGGGGCCAGCUGCGGCUUCGAGGAAGUGACGCUCCCAGAGCUGGAGGAGGAAGAGGAGGGGCUUAAGAUCCAACCAAUGACGAGCAGGCGCCAGAGGAGGAAGAUGGACGCCCACAGGAACUACAAGGACUGUGAUUGGUCGGAUGAGGCAAAAAUCAGCAGACACAGGAGGAAAGGAUGCUCUCACUGCCAUGGCAACAAGACCUCAGGCGCCGUGUCCAGAGCCAUGAAGAGUCUGGACCCACUGUACUCUCA